AUGGGCUCCCAAAAGAUCCUGCCGCAAGAGGGGAAGCGGAAUAUCCUCAUCACAUCUGCAUUGCCGUAUGUGAACAAUACCCCUCAUCUCGGAAACAUCGUCGGCAGCGUGCUCAGCGCAGAUGUCUUCUCACGAUACAACAAAGCUCGCGGCAGACCGACGCUGUACGUUUGUGGGACGGACGAGUACGGCACGGCGACCGAGACGCAGGCAUUAAAGGAAGGGGUGACCCCAGAAGAGCUGUGUGCGAAAUACAAUAAAAUCCACGCGGAGGUGUACGAAUGGUUCGAGAUCGGCUUCGACAUCUUUGGACGCACUCCCACCAAGCACCACACCGAGAUCUCUCAGCACAUCUUUACCCAGCUGCACGAGAGGGAUUUCUUGACAGAACACGUCAACAGCCAGCCCUUCUGCGAAAAACACGGCAAGUUCUUGGCAGAUCGUUUUGUGGAAGGCACCUGCCCCAAGUGCGGCUACGACGACGCUCGCGGGGACCAGUGUGACAAAUGCGGCAGCCUCCUCGACCCCCUCGAUCUGAUCAAUCCCCGCUGCAAGGUCGAUGGUGCCACUCCGGUCACCAAAGAGACGACGCAUACCUACCUGCGCCUGGACGUGCUGCAACCCAAGCUUGAAGAGUGGUCGAAAGUCUCCAUCGAGAAGGGCGGAUGGUCAAAGAAUGCCAGGGUGAUUACGGAAGCGUGGCUGAAGCAAGGUCUCAAGGAAAGGGGCAUUACCCGUGAUCUCUCCUGGGGUGUCCCCGUCCCCCUCCCUGGCUACGAACACAAAGUGCUCUAUGUCUGGUUUGAGGCUUGCAUAGGCUACCCGUCGAUCACCGCCAACUAUACCGACGACUGGAAGAAAUGGUGGUACAAUCCCGAGAACGUCCAGCUUUACCAGUUCCUGGGCAAGGACAACGUCCCGUUCCAUUCAGUCAUCUUCCCGGCGUGUCAAAUCGGCACGGAGGACAAUUGGACAAAGCUCCAUCACCUCUCGGCGACCGAAUACCUCAACUAUGAGAAUGGGAAAUUCAGCAAAAGUCGUGGGAUUGGCGUCUUCGGCAACAACGCCAAGGAAACGGGUGUACCGGCCGACGUUUGGAGGUACUAUCUGCUCAAAAACCGACCAGAGUCGGGCGAUACUCAAUUCGAGUGGCGUCCAUUCAUCGACGGCAACAAUUCUGAACUCCUCGCCAAGCUGGGCAACUUUGUCAACCGAAUCAUCAAGCUGGUCAACUCGCCCAAAGCCUAUUCGGGCGUCAUCCCCGACUUCGACGCGCACAAACUCCCUGAAUCCUUCCAAGCUUCUCUGACGGAGAUCACAGAUCUCGUUAAGCAAUACCUCGCCGAGAUGGAGGCGGUCCAUCUUCGGAAUGGUAUCUUGGUCGCCAUGAAGAUUGCGGAGGCCGGGAAUGGCCUCAUCCAAGCCCAUCGGCUGGAUAACGCUUUGAUAGCCAGUGACCCUAACCUUGCCGCCGCGGUGAUUGGGACUGUGAUCAACCUGAUUUAUCUCACAUCCGCAAUCUUCGAGCCAUACCUCCCUGCCACGACAGCUUCCAUCCGGAAACAAUUGGACCGUGACUUCUUGCAGAUUCCAUCUGAGGAAGAUAUUGAAGGAGGCUGGCUACCUACUUACAUAAAGCCGGGUCAUAAGAUCGGGCAAGCUGAGUAUUUGUUUACCAAGAUUGACGAGAAGAAAGCAGAAGAGUGGAGACAAUAUUUUGGCGGGAACCAAGCAGAACGGGAGAAGAAGAGGAAGGACGAAGCGGAUGCUGCGGCGAAGAAGGCUGCACAGAAGGAAAAGACCAAAGCAAAGAAGGCCGCACAAAAGGCCGCUGCCGCUGCCGGAGGUGAAAGUGUAGAGACAAGCGCCAAGGGUGGCCAAAAAGGAAAGGACCUGGCAAACAGUGUCCCACUGGCUGGGGAGGAUGCCGCUGUCGCCAAAGUUGUGGAUGGUGUGGCUCAGGUCACCCUACCUACUUCGUGA